AUGACUACCAUUAGAAUAGAAUCAAUUAAUGCUGCGAUUAAUAGAGCAAAUUCAUUAAUUGAUUAUAGAAUUUAUGAUAAUAUACAUAAACAAUAUAAUUUUCAAAAACAAACAGUUCUUUCUGAUAAUUCACUUACAGAAAAUGAAAAAACUGAAGCAUGUAUAACUUUAAAUAAAAUUUAUGAUAGAUCUAAAAUUCUUCAUAAUGAUGGAACAAGAAGAAUUUGUGAAAAUUGUAAAGAAGAAUGUUUAGCUACAUCAUAUUGUGAAUUAUGUGUUCGAAAUUAUUUAAAAUCAAAAUUUUUAAAUUGGACAUCCGGAAAUAAUGAUAUUGAUAAUUUUAUAAAAAAAUGUCAAAUUGAAACUAUUAGACCAAGUAGUAUAAUUGAAUGGAUUCCAUAUGAAAAAUUACAAAAUAUUGAUUAUUUAACAAAAGGUGGAUUCUCAGAGAUUUAUACAGCAAAAUGGAUUGUUGGAAGUUAUGAUGAAUGGGAUUCUAAAGAAUGUCGAUUAAAAAGAUUUGGAGGACAAAAAGUAAUACUUAAAAAAUUACAUAAUGUUGAAAAUGCAAAUCAAAGUUGGUUUGAUGAGGUUUGUAAUUUAAAAUACUCAAAAAAAAUUUAA